AUGCCUCCCUCCAACAGCCCCGGGCCUAUGGACCGCAUCGAGUUUCUCCGCGAGGUCGCCGCCAGCAACUCCACCGACGGGCUCCACCUCAAGCGAGCGUCCUGGAAAAAACCCCACCGCCGCCACAAGGCCACCCGCCAGCUGGUCACCGACGAGUGGAAGCGUCUGUCCAACACGCCGUCCGAGGCCAACCGGCUCACCUACUUCAACGUCGAGGCCCCACCCAGCAUCUACCCCGCCAAGAAGUACUGCGACAUCACGGGGCUCAAAGCUUCCUACCGCGCCCCGGGCAACGGCCUGCGCUUCUACAACAGCGAGGUCUACUCUCUGGUCAUCAAGCCAAUGGCGCCGGGCGUCGACCAGCAGUACCUCAGGCUGAGGGGCGACGACAUCGUGCUGAAGUGA